CAGACUUGCAAACAGGAAUCCUGAACCUAGAGGAAUCCAACAGACAGUCUCCUUACUAGGUGAACCAUCAAGAGUUAUAGGAAGAGAUGGUGAUGUCCAAAAAAUAGUUGAAUUGUUGAUUCAUGACUCGAGUAACCAGCAGCCUCUCUGUGUGGUUUCUAUAGUGGGUAUUGCAGGCCUUGGGAAAACUACUUUGGCAAAACUAAUGCUGGAGUCUCUUACCCAAGCUGGUUGUGAAAAUAUUACAAGCCAAGAUGUUGUGGUUCAAAAAAUAAAAGAAAACUUGCAGGAGAAAAAGUAUCUCCUCGUUCUAGAUGAUGUGUGGAAUGAAGAUAGGCUAAAAUGGGAAGACUUAAGGCAGUGCUUGCUGGGGAUAAGUGAAACAAUUGGGAGUAAGGUCCUUGUCACAACUCGAACUCAAAAUGUAGCAUCAAUCAUGGGAACAGCUCCCGCACAUGUGCAUCGUCUUGAGCAGCUAAAAGAUAAUGAUUGUUGGUCUAUAAUCAAAAAUAGACUAUUUGGCAACUCAGAAUUGGAGGAAUUGGAGAAUAUUGGAAUGGAAAUUGCUAAAAAAUGUAAAGGAGUGCCAUUAAUUGCAAGUGUUAUUGGGGGGACUUUGUGCAAUAACCGGAAGAAAGAUGAUUGGUUAUCAAUUAAAGAUAAUAUUGAAGUAUGGGGUGCAUUGGAAGAGGCUAAUGGAGUUCAAAAAAGGGAGGUUUUAAUUCAACUUUGGAUGGCCGAAGGAUUUCUUCAACCAUUUAAUGAAAGAUACACUGAGAUAGAGGAUAUUGGUGACAAGUAUUUCAAUGACUUGUUAUCAUAUUCCUUAUUUGAAGAUGAAAAAAGGGAUUCUUAUGGGAGUGUUACUGCUUGCAAAAUGCAUGAUUUAAUACAUGAUCUUGCAUACUCUGUUUCAAAGUCUCAAACGUUGGUUUUGGGGAAUGGUAAUAGGAGUAAUAUUCACGCAGGCAUUCGUCAUUUGAAUCUCAUUGCUGUUCCGAGUAUGGCAGACACAGGAGUCGUAGGUGAUAUUAAAAAAUUGUACACUUUGUUUUCGCAAGUUGACAACUUUCAGAAUAUGCCUGCAAACUUCAGAAAGUUGCGAGUUCUUAGUUUCCGUGGUGCAAAUAUUGACAAGUUGCCAGCUUUCUUGGGAAAACUGAAGCAUUUAAGAUACUUGGAUGUUUCAGGAACUAGAAUAAAAGAACUCCCCAAAUUUAUAACCAGGCUCUAUCAUUUGCAGACGUUGAGAUUUAUGAACUGUAGAUGUCUCACAAGACCUUUGGAAGGAUUAGGGCAUUUAGUCAAUUUGAGACAUAUUUAUUUCAAUGUUAAAAAGAAUAUGCCAAUAGGGAUUGGCAAACUAACUUGUCUGCGAACGCUGAAAUUAUUUUUUGUGGGCCAACAGAAGGGAUGUGGAAUUGAAGAAUUGGAAUGCUUAAGCAAACUUAGGGGAAAACUGAAAAUAUGUAAUUUGAAGAAUGUUAGGAACCAAGCAGAAGCCAGAAGAGCAAAACUUUUUGAAAAGGCUGCAAUUCAGGAGUUGGAAAUGAAGUUCAGGCGGGGAGACUCACAAUGCAGUUCUGAAAAAAGAAGCAAACAUGAUGAAGAUGUCUUGGAAGGCCUCCAACCUCACUCAAACCUGAGGUUCCUAACUUUUAGUGGUUAUUAUGGUGAAAAGUGUCCCUCAUGGAUAUUGAAAAGCACUGGUAAUUUGGGCGAAUCAACUUGCCUCAGAAAUCUGGUGUUGAUGACCUUUGAUGUUUGUCCCCAGUUGAAAAGCAUUCCAUCACUUUCACUCAGCAAUAAUACAAGUGUCGAAAUUAAACUUUGCAAUAAUUUGAAAACUAUUGCAGAUUCAUCUCUUCAGAAACUCACCAUUUAUGGUUGUGAUGAGCUGCUUUGUGUAGAGGUCGGGACACUUGCCAUGACAUCUCUUAAAGAGCUACAUAUACAGAGAUGUGGUAAGUUGGAAAGUCUUUCCGAGAUUAGCAGAUUAUUAUCCCUUCAAAUACUUCACCUUAAGUAUUGUGCGAAAUUGAGAAUUAUAGGGGGAAGUGGUUCAUUUGCCCUGAGGUGUCUGGAAGAGUUCACUCUUAUUGACUGUCAUCGAUUGAUGUCUGUACCAAGCUUAGAUGGGCUUUUAUCUCUUCAAAAAAUUUAUAUUUCCCGUUGUAUGCAAUUAAAAAGCAUAGGGGAAAGUUUAUGUAACUCCAGGUGUCUCAAAUACUUGUCUCUAUGUGGCUGUGACGGUUUGGAGUUUUUUCCAAGGCUAGAUGGGCUUUCUUCUCUUCAGUGUUUAAGUAUAGAGGAUUGUGGCGGGUUAACCAGUUUGCCAGUUAGCCUCUUUUCUUGCACUGCUCUUGAGAAAUUGACCAUAACCCAGUGCAAUAAUUUGAUUACUAUUUCUAGUAUAGAUGGGCUUUCAUUUCUUCGAGAAAUCUAUAUUUCCAAUUGUUGGCAACUGAAAAGUAUUGGGGAGAGUUUAUCUUCUUGCCCGUGUCUCAAAAAGUUGACCAUAGAGGACUGUCCUAGUCUGAUGUCCAUUCCAAGUCUGUUUGCACUUUUCUCUCUGGAGACUUUAUCUAUAAAACGUUGCAUUGGAUUGACAAGUUUGCCAAGUGGGUUGUUCACUUGCACCUCUCUUGAAAAGUUGACCAUAACGGAGUGUCAUAGUCUGAUCUCUAUUCCAGAGGAUUUGAAGGAACUGCAUUCUCUUGUUGAACUGGAAAUUUCAAGAUGUGGAGGAUUGCUAGAAAUCCCAGAGGAGUGUCUUGGCUGCCUUACCAGCUUGAAGCAACUGUGUAUUGGUGGUUUCUCAAAAGAGCUAGAGGAGUUUCCAAAUCUCGGCUUCAUUCAACAUGUCCACACCUCCCUUCGUCAAUUGACUUUGGUCGGAUGGGAAACAUUAAAGCGUCUGCCAAGUCAAAUUCAAUGCCUAAUUGCUCUUCACCGAUUGUUUAUAGAAGAUUUUGAUGGAUUGGAAGCUUUGCCAAAUUGGUUUGGAAACUUAUCCUCUCUUCAAAAUCUGUCGAUUAACGACUGCAAUUCUCUGAAACAUAUGGAAGCUAUCCGAUGCCUCUGCAAAUUACAUUCCCUUCGAAUUUCCAAAUGCCCUAAGUUAAAGGACAGAUGCGCCAGGGGAAGUGGCUCCGAGUGGGACUACAUCUCUCACAUUCCAAAUAUCAACAUAGACAGGCUAUGGAUCCAACUCAAAGGAGCUCCCGUUCAUCCAACUCAAAGGAGCUCCCGUUCAGACUUUUCACUGGAAAAACAGAUUUCGUCCAACUCACCGGCAGCACCCUCGGAUGGACGCGACGGUGAAGACCUCUGGUGGUGGGUCAAGGCUGGUGGGUGAACGCCGAUCUGCUCCCUGCUGACUACCGAUCUGCUGGAGAGACAAUGAACGCCGAUUUGCUGCCCGAUCUACUGCCUUGUGGUUUCUUCUUCGUCGGAAAAAGGACGGAGACUGAAGAAUGGAGACUGGAGAGUGGAGAAGCCGAGAAGGAGAACGAUGGAUGAUGAAGAUCUACUGCCCGAUCUACCGAUGACGAUGGAUGAUGUGGGUUUUUUGAUUUUGUUUGGUUGUGGUAACUGGUAAGAGUUGAGAUUGGGAGUUGGAAGAGUUGAGAUUCUGAGAAUGGAAUGAAAUUAGAAAGUAGAAAGUAGAAACCCCGACUGUGGGAAAAAAAAAAAAAAAAAAAACUUGCAGAAUGUGCGUCGGUGGUGCCGUCCAGCCUGGAGCAUUUCGCCCGGCGGGUUUGCCGGGCCGUCCGGGCGGGACGGGUGGAACGAGUUCUCCGGGUUUGGACAGGCCAACCAUCCAAACGGGCCUGGGUAUCAACCAAGCCCGUUUCAUGCUCCGGGCGGCGGUCGGACCGGUCGGACCGACCGGUCCGAUCCGGGUUUCAAAACACUGAACACAACCACGACAAUGAGAUGCCUCUUUUGUUGCAAAAACUAACAAACAGAGAGCCAAACAAGUUUCAAAAAUUGAAGGCAGGCUUCAUGGCUUGGUACCCCAACCUAGACCACAGACUUCAAUGCUUAUUUUGAAGUUAGACUUGUGAAUGCAUUCAGGUCUGUUAAAUG